UUGUAUUUCGGAAGCUCAAUUUUCCGGCGGCCGUAAAUGGAAGGCGAAGAAAACGGUGACUACACAAAAGACGGAACCGUCGACCUCAGAGGAUAUCCUGUCCGUCGAUCCAAGCGCGGCGGUUGGACCGCCUGCUCCUUCGUCGUCGUGUAUGAGGUAUUGGAACGAAUGACGUACUGCGGGAUUUCAUCCAACUUGGUACUGUACCUGACGAGGAAGCUGCAUCAAGGAACGGUAACGGCGUCAAAUAACGUCACGUAUUGGAACGGCGCCGUCUGGAUGACGCCGGUAAUCGGCGCCUACAUUGCCGACGCACAUCUCACCCGUUAUUGGACUUUUCUCAUAGCUUCCUUCAUUUAUCUCGUGGGCAUGUGCCUAUUGACGGCAUCGGUGUCGGUUCCGGGAUUAAGGCCUCCGCCAUGCACCGGCCCAAACCCUACCAGUUGCCGGACACCCACCACAUCGGAGCUCGCAGUAUUUUUCACCGCGCUUUACACAUUAGCCAUCGGCACCGGCGGCACGAAGCCGAACAUCUCCACCAUCGGCGCCGAUCAAUUCGACGAUUUCAGCCCUAAGGAGAAGGCGCAGAAGAUUUCAUUCUUCAAUUGGUGGAUGUUCAGCAUUUUCUCCGGCGUUCUCUUCGGCAACACCGUCAUCGUCUACCUACAGGACAACGUCGGCUGGCCUCUGGGGUACGGAAUUCCUACCGCCGGCCUUGCUUUGGCGAUUAUUGUUUUCGUAAUAGGAACUCCCUUCUAUAGGCAUAAAAAGCCCCAUGGAAGCCCCUUCACGAGAAUGGCUAGGGUCAUUGUCGCGGCAUCGAGGAAAUCUAGAGUUCCAAUUCCUGAAAACACUGGAGAAUUGUAUGAACUCGAAGAUGUGUGUAACACGAAAGGGAAAUUCAAGCUCGAAUCCACCCCUGCCUUGAGGUUUUUGAACAAAGCUUGUGUGAAAACAAAUUCAAAGAGUCCAUGGAUGCUCUGCUCAGUAACAGAAGUUGAGGAAACCAAACAGAUUUUGAAAAUGCUACCAAUCUUGAUCUCUACAUUCAUUCCAAGCGUGAUGAUUGCUCAAACCAACACUCUUUUCAUCAAACAAGGGGUGACACUCGACGGAAGGAUGAGUAGUCAUUUCAAGUUGCCUCCUGCAAGUCUAAGCACAUUUGUUACACUAACCUUGCUCACUUGCUUACUAGUAUACGAUCGUGUAUUUGUCAAGAUUGCUAGAAAAUGGACCAAAAAUCCAAGAGGGAUUACUCUGCUCCAGAGAUUGGGGAUCGGGUUUUCGCUUCAUAUUAUCAUCAUGGCUGUAGCAUCUGUUACCGAAAGGUAUAGGCUGAACAUGGCCAAGAAAUACGGCUUAGUCGAGAGUGGUGGGCAAGUUCCAUUGACAAUAUUUAUCUUGCUUCCGCAAUUCAUACUAAUGGGAGUGGCAGAUGCUUGUUCAGAAGUUGCGAAGCUUGAGUUCUUCUAUGAUCAAGCUCCCGAGAGCAUGAAAAGUCUCGGGACUUCAUUCUACUCAACUAGCAUGGGAAUUGGAAGCAUACUCAGUAGUUUCAUUCUUUCCGGCGUUGCUCGUGUCACCAGAUCCAAUAGUCAUAAGGGAUGGAUUUUGAACAACCUCAACGCCUCCCGUCUUGAUUUGUACUUUGCAUUUUUGGCAGUCUUGAGCUUCUUGAACUUCAUAGCUUUUCUAGUUAUAGCCAGAUGGUAUAGGUAUAAGGUUGAAGUCUCGGACUCGAUGGAAGCGCUUAAAGAAAAAUUGGAGAUCUAGAAGUUGAGGAACCAAGUUGAAUUAUCAGCUCAUGGAUAUCGAUUCGUUCAUCCGGAUACGCUUCUCUUUGCCAAUUUGAAUGUUCUCUUGAGGAAGUGAUUCGCGGUUCGAUCAUUUCUGUGGCAGAGUACUCUCAAUAUGGUAUUAGGAUCCAAACUGUGCCAUUUCCCUGUUGUUGGAG